CCGGAGGAAAAGGGGGCGGAGAAUUUUGGUCUCCUUGGGAACGGGUGACGCUAAUGGGCGAGCGGUUGCUAGGCGACGCCAGAGCCGAGGCCUGGAAGAAAAAAAAAAAAGAGUAACUCGAGUGAUAGUAGCGCCGAAUUCCAGGGAGGAAGAUGAAUGUCUCGGAAGAGGAAAACAUUUCCACUUCCAGCGAGUCGGAAGGCGAAUACGACGCCGAUGCCGAAGGGGAAGCUGAGGCAGAAUCCGGAUCGGAGCCGGAGAAUCCGGAAGACCCCGUUUACGCCAUGGCUCCCACCGUCAACAUCCAAGACGAAAGUGCCGUUGAUGUCGAGUCCUGCCCUGCGUUUGUGUGUCUCAAUGAGGUGUUUUACGCUGGAAAAAUCCCUGGAACUAGACUGGCUGAGCUGAAGGCAAAAUAUGCCCUGUUACAUAAUACUCUAGUAAGUUUGCAGGAAUCGGAGAUUCAGCUGCUGCAGGACGCCAAGCGGUUCACGGUGAAGCUCGAAGAGCAGCAGCAGGAACUUGAGAAAGCCGAGCAGUUUCCGGAAAGCGCCACGUCGGAGGUCUCCAAACUGAGGCAGCAAUAUCUGAGAUACUUCAAUGAAUACAACGCCAUCCAAGAGAGAGAGUUUGAAAUUCAGUACAGGCUGAACAGUUUACUCGAAGACAAGAAAUUAAUUGAAAAGGAGUAUCGCAAAAUUCCCAAAUCUUCUGACGCGGACAAGAAAAUCAAAGCCCUGAGGGACAGCUGCGAAGACCUGCGUAAAGAAACAACCCAGAGGAGGCAGGAAAUUAAAACCCUGAAAGACGAUCUGUUUGCAAGGCAUAAACGUCUCACGAAGGAGCACAAAGAGCUGGAGGAAUUGUUUCGGAAGCAAGAAGAACUGAAGGAUGAACUCGUCCGUCUCCAAGCCAUCCCUAUUCAGCUCGGGAAAGAUAUGGAAAAAAUAAACCGCAGAAUGCAAGACAUAGAGAAAAAAAAAAUCUCGCUCCAGGAAGACGCGCAGGAACUUGUGGAGAUGGCCAAAAAAAUGGAGGCCAAGUGCGUGGAGGCGAUGGAGGAGAAAGAAGGCGCCAUCAAAGAGGUCGAAGGGAAGAAAGCGCUCCUUGAGAUCAAAGAGCGAGAAUUCAACACACAGACGAAGGUGCACGAGAUGAAUAAAGAGAACGAAGGCACCGCCAUUUCGGAGAGGGGCAUGUUGGAAAUGGGUUUUCGCAACGUCUCCAACCUGAAGCAGAAACUGCACGACACGCUGAGCCGGAUGCAAAGGGAGAAAGAGAAGGACUUCAGGACUUUUAAAAAGAUGGAGAUGCAGCUGAAAAUUGCCCAGGAAAGCCUGCUACAAGUUCAAGCGCAUCACGAAAGGAUGCUUUUAGAGAUAGAUGCCAUCCCCAAAGACGAUGGGGCAAUAUUAGAGAGGCGAAGAGAGCUUCAGAGAGAAGUCGAAAUAGCAAAGAGAAAUUUGACGCAAGAGAAAACCUCCACCGAUUCCGAAGUGCGGAUUCUUGAGCAGUGCAUCGCCGAAGAGGACCAACUGAUCGUGGCGCAAGAACAUUACCGAGAAGAACUCAACAACUCGAUCCGUAUGACCCAGCUGAAGGCCGACGAGAGAGAACAGAAGUGUAAGGAUUUCUUGAAAGCCCAGCUGCGUCUGAAUAACAUCAUUGCAGAAAUCAAAACCAAAGACUUUGAAAUUAGGGAGCAUACCAAGAAACAGAGAGAAAUUCAGAGACAGAUGAGAGAAUUUGCCAAACUGUACGACGUCGUGCGACACGAGAGAAACAAGCUGGUGAAUCUGGUACACUGCGCUCGCCAGAAAACGAACGAAAUGAAAGAUAAAGUCAAAAUGCUCGACAACGAGAUGGAAAUUUUAAGGAACAACGCCGUCAUCAAAGAGAGGAAACUGCAGAAAUACCAGAUGAAGUACGCAAACAACGUGGCCAUCAAGGAUAGCAUCCAGAGCGACGUUUGCAAGGUCUGUCAAAACCUCCAGGAAAUGAAGGAAAAACGGGAGCAGCAGCUGAUGGACGUUGAGAGGCUGACCAACACCCUCACCCACAUCGAGGAGGAAAUGGUCCAGUUGCGUAAAACCUACGAAAAGGCCGUUCAGCGACGGAACGAAAGCGGGGUUCAGCUCAUUGAGCGGGAGGAAGAGGUCUGCAUUUUUUAUGAAAAAAUCAACAUUCAGGAAAUGAUGAGCCGCAACGGCGACAUCGAGAUUAACGUGAUGGACGAGAAGAUACGCUACCUGAAGCUGAAGAUGAUAGAGAAAAAAAGGCAGAUUGAAUUAUCCGUGAAAAUGUUGCCCACGAAGAGGACUCUUGAUGCCGAUUUAGUAGUCCUUCAGAUUCAAUUUUCACAGUGCAAGGACAAAAUUAAGAGCCUGGAGAAGCUGUUCACAGAUCCGGAUCGAGAAAACAGAACCAGGGCGUUGCCUGGAAAGGAUCCCUCCGUGCAAGACCUCUUCAAAAAGAUAGAGGAGUUAGAAAUUCAGCUGACUCGGAAAGAGGAAAAACUGCUGGAAAAGGACUUUAUUUACGAGCAAGUUUCUCGGAUGACGGAGAAAGUCAGCGUCAAGGCAGAAAACAGCAAGGAGGAGACAUUAAUCCUGGCUAAAAAGAUGAACGUGCUUCAAGAGAAAAUAAAGAGCACCACCCAGAAGAUAAUGGCCCUCAUCGCGGAGCUGUCCAUGCACCAGGCCGUGGCCAUUAACCUGCAGCAAGAGAUGCGGGACAAAGAGCAGACCGUGCUGUCCGUGGUCUCCCGACUGGCCAAAGGCCUUCCUCCUCCUAGGGACAUCGAACAGGAUUGGCUCCGGGUCCUGCGGGAUGAAAAAAUGCAUCAAGUUGCAAGCGAAGCGCGAGAAAAACAGGCUCUGGAAGAAGAACAGGCAGCCCUGCCCACCGCCAUCCACACGACGGCGGAACAGCGUCCCAACGCCUACAUCCCCGAUGACGAAAACGUUCUCCCACUACCGAGGCCUUACGGGGCGCUAGCGCCGUUCAAACCCAGCGAGCCCAGCGCAAACAUGAGACACCUCAGGAAGCCAAUCGUGAAGCCCAUCGAAAUCUGAGAGACUCCAACUUCUGUGGAAGGAGAAAACUGCUGGCCGAGGAGAAAUGCUCCACUUUUGACUCGACAAAAGGGAGUUCCUCCGGAUUACAAGAGGCGGGCGUGAAAAUGUGUGGCUUCAGAGCUGUGGGAAUGUUUUUGCCUUCUUGAAACUUCCUGGGGUCUGAUGAAAUAAAUGUUUGAAAAUAUA